CAGCGAGAACCAAAUCCACAAAACAACAGAGCACGAUUCACUUUUUACUCUUUCAUUCUCCAACAAUACAUCAGUUGGAUUCACGUUCUCGACAUCUCUUUGGUGCACUUCGUGUCUCUAUGUCGUCUCUCUUAUCUCUCUGCAUCCAAUCUAAAUCAAAUUAGAUUCCAGGGUAUAAGCCGGAUUAUGCCAAAAUGAUCUGAUAUUUUCCAAAAACUCUCUUGGCAUGUCUGCUACAAGGAGCAUAAGCACGGGUAUCAGAGACUGUCCUCGGCUGAUCAGAUUCACUUUGAAAGCUCCAACGAAUGUUGAGGUGGAAUUUGCAAACGGUAGUCACUACAACUUGCCGGCUGAAUUCUUGAGGGUGUUCAGCCCCGCUGUUGAUAGUAAGAUCAGAUCAAUUGGUGGCGAGAAGGUGAUUUAUGGACGCCGUUAUGUAGGGCUCAUGUCUGCAGAACCGGUUGGAAACUAUGGUGUGAGGUUACUUUUUGAUGACUUGCAUAAAACUGGGAUAUAUACAUGGGACUAUUUCUAUCAUCUUGGAAGCAACAAAUUCACCCUCAUGAGAAGCUACAUCAAUACGUUGAGGAAAUAUGGGCUUACCCGUGACCCUCGUGCAAAAAAAUAAGAUGAUUUUUUUUUUUUUUUUUUUUAUAAAUAUUUCGUUAAAUUAGCAAGAAAGAUUAUUUUUAAGAACUUAACAUGGUUUACGUUUCCUCUUGCUACAAUAUAAUUUCCCAAAAUCAUGAUUUUUACUAUCUAUAUGAUCGCUUUAGAAGUUAUAGAACAAACAAAGUAUAUUAAGACUACUUUGGUUGUUACACCGGACAUGACUGAUCGGUAUAUGACUAUAUAAAUUUUGUAGAGCUAUUUUCAGUGAUAAAGAUAAGGAGGGUAUUUAUGUCUUUUGCACAGAAUAGAAAUCAAGAGUGAGCCCCUGCCUCCAUCCAUCUUGUUCCACUUUUUUUUAAAUAGGACCAAAAACUGUCUUAUUGACAUCAAUCACAGUACAGUGGAUGUCAAACAUACUACAACAUGUUGUGUCAUGUCAUGUUUACCAAAUGACAUUUUGUUUUGGCUUUUAGGUAAUCAAAAGCCGGUGGAAAUAUUAAGAAAGAUGUUGAUUAAUCAGAUUGUAAGAGAAAAUGCAUGUUAUAAAUUAUAUCGCAAGAAGGGAAAGAAAUGGUUGUAAUAUUUUUUUUAGGAAUUCAAUUUGCUUAUAUGAAUAUUAAAUCCUCUCACUGUAGUUUCUAACUACACCCUACAAUAUUUGUGAAAUUUUAUUUACUACUGAUUCAUUUAUUUAUUUAUAUUUUUAUGUUUUAA